UCCAGAACGUUGAUACAUUCCUGACACAAAUACCUGCAUUAUAUAGACCAAAAUAUUCUUAAGGACAUUUGUCAAUAUUUCGUUACGAUAAAUAGUGCGAGAUUUUGUAGUGCAUGAAAGUUAUGAAUUUGGCAGUCGCGUUUUCCGACUGACAUCACGAACUAACUUUACUAGGAGUUUUGUAAAUGUGCUUGGUUAAUUGUGAAGCUGUACGCAUUGAAGAUUUGGGACUGCUAGCUGUUAUGUUUGGCGUAUCUUUUACCGCUGAGAGUUUGGAUACGUUGUGCGCGCUUAGUUCUUCACGCACGACGUCGAUACGAUUAUUAUAUACUUUCCUACGUUGGGUGUAUCUUCCCCACACACACGUUUCACCGAGACAUAUCCCAGCUUAUGAGCAGAGGAAAAGUCACAGUACAGUCGGCUAUAUGUGCGAUACACAUUUUCUAUCUGAUGUGGCCGGGCGGACCCUUUCAGCCUCAACUAUAGCUUCAUACAAUAGCCAUCUAAACAUACACACCUAUCGCCACAGCGGCAGGUACUGUGCGAUUUAAUUGCGUCUCGCGCGAAUUACACAGUCAAUAGUUCAAUGCGACGAUACAAUAGAUAACGUUGAUUCACUGCAUUACAUUAUUUACAGGGCUUUGGCUGUUCAAUCGACUCAAGUGCCCUUCACUUUGUUAUAAAAAGUGCGCAUGCCGAGGAUGGCGUAUAUACCUGUGAAAAAUGUAUACCUUAGGGUCACGUGAAAUCAAUAUUUCCGAUGGGCUGGUGCGUAUUAAGGUACAGUCGUGAGCAAGUAACCCAGACGCAGAGAACGUUUAAUAUGAAUAUUAAUGCGAACAGCAUUCUUGGCCCCGUCAGAACAGUAGUAUUUCAGGCUAUAUAGCUAUCGAGCCACCAAGAAUAUCCACCGAUGCCGAAGAUAGUGCAGCCUGAAAAUGGUGGGCCGUUCCAGUGAGCAUGUGCAAUGAUUCUGUGCGCGCUCUUCAAUGAACCUGUUCGAUGCCAACUUUUGUGGCUGUUUACAUGUCUGUGGGCUUGCGCGUACUUCACGGCGGCGACGCCAGAAGGCACAACGUGUGAAGCGAGAGAGCUAGCUACAAGAGCCCGGCUGCAGGUACCCGCGUCACAGAUGCGUUUCGGCUAAUCGAAUACUUUGACAGACAUAUCGUACAUGAGUUCUGUCCGAUUUCUUGGUAGCUUGGCAUGCAGGCUGAAAUGAAGGUGCCUGUUCGACUAAUGUAAUUCAUUGAGACGAUUUCGUCGCACGGCGCGCGCUAGCUGUGCUAAACGAUACAUCUUUUUGCUAAUACCGUGGUCUAAUCACUUUUGCUCUCGAGUGUAGAAUUAUCAUGAUGUGUUGAAAGCAUGCGUGCGCAUACCGAAGGCAAUUAAUAUGCUUAAUUGAAGUUUAAAGUAUUUCUUCCCUCCUUUCCCUUCCCCUCUCUUUAAUUUUUUGUAUAUGAUGUAUCACGUGAGCUUGGAGUUGCGCUAAAAAGAGAGGGACAGCUGCAGGUAGAAAGAUGUAAUGGACCUAAUAGUUAAUAAACCUUGAGUGCCCCUUUGGGACGCUUGUUACGUCUUACCAUCAGCCACAUUUAAAUGGUAUCAGUACUCAUAAAAAUAGUAACGACCUUUUUUUUCUUUUUGACCAAUAUAUACUGGCCGUAUUUUUUAACUGCUAACAGCUCAGGCCUGAGCUAUUACUCCGGCUCUAAGUUCAAUCACUUCUGUGACAAAAAUACCCAGACGACGUAUCAGGCACACGCAACUAAAUGCAGGCCACAUGAACCACAGGAGGAAAGAAACGUAUCGAAAAUUUUAUUCAUAACGUACACUGUGGUUAUUCAGGUUAUCACACCUAAGCACGUGAGAAACGAACAGAUCUUUAUGUUCCGCGAAUCGGUUCGCGUGAGGGUGGAGAUUCAAUAUUAAUGACAAGUGGUGUCCAAAUCCACGGCCCAGCGAUGUCCUCAUCAACGUAAUAAACGUUGAUCUUGAAGGCCAUGCUGUUGCUUGCAGCAGAAGGCGGAAGCGGUUGCGGGAGUCAGAAACACGUCAUAGACGUCAAAUUCGGCGCUGAGGAUCCUCAAAAAGGUAUUACCAAGAUAAGAUAACGCGACAUUUAAAUGGUUACUUAAGCAUAUUGCAAAUAGGUAGUAUAGAAUCCAUGGCUCAUCGACAAUUUCAAUUGGUAUUAGAUCUCAAAGGCUAUGCUUUUGCGGCCUGCACACGACGGAACUGAGAAUACGGCAUGGCCGACAUGUGUUAAAGAUUGUGCAUAAACGUUUUUUAAUUUUUCUUUUCUCCACUGCCAUGUGGCAACACAGAGCACACACAUUCAGUACCUCCAUAAAUUCGUAUACGGUGUCAGCAGUCUAUGCAUAUUUACUACAAGCCAGACAAGACUAUAAAACCGUGUGUACGCCUUUGUGCAAAGCCCUGCUACCCUAGCUCCUGCUAUCGUCGCUGCUUCCCUCGCCAUAUUUCUGCAUACGCCACGUUUUUUUUCCAUUCUUAUAUUCCUAUUCCUAUAUAUUCAUAUUUCCUUUUUCUAUAUCUCUUUUAUAUCGUUUUAUAUCUCUUUUAUAUUAUCUUUUAUAUCUUUAUUACUGUAUCUAUAUAUAGCUUAAUUUAAGUGUAGUGCCGUGAUUAUUUUUUCUUUUAAGUUUUCUCUGUAAGUGCUUAUAUUAAUUUAUUUGUAUGUGUGUAUUCAGUGUAUAGUUCCUUCAUCUUUAAAUAUAGUUGUGCUACUUUUUUGAUUACUUUUCGUACUUUUGUAAGCCUCGUAUUUAUUUCUUUGUGUUAGUGUGCUUUUUAUAUUUGUCCUUGAAAAUGUCAGCGCCGACACACGCUUAUGUGGAAUAUGAGGACGGAGGCAAGGCGAUCGUCUCGGUAAGCCUUAUAAAGGAUUACAGUCCCAAUGAUUUCAACGAUUUGGCGUGCAACAAGCGCAUUUAUUGGAGAGACCGUGGAAAAGGCUUCGAAGGAGAGGAAGGUUAUUACUCCGGCAACGUCAUGGUGUUGGGAUGUGGCAAAGCUGAUUUGAUUGCGAGGAUGUUGAAGCAGCACAAGCCUGUUCCCAUGGACGUGUUUGAACAAUCAAGCGAGAGACAUCGCCACAAGCCGAAGCCAGCCCUCAAGGAUGUACCAACAAAGGAAAAGCGGCGCCGACUGGAAAGUGCAAAAAAAUCAAGAAUGCAGAAAAUCCUUGAGAAAAAAUCUGCUGCUGGAGAUACGGACUCCAGCAGUGAAGAUGAGUUGGUGCCGAGGAAAAUGCUGAAGAAAGCGGAAAAUGAGAUCGCAGGACUGAAAAAUAAGUUAAGAAUAUGCGAGCAGCAGCGCAUUGAAGAGCGGCAGCAGAAUGAAAAACGCCACAGCUUGCUCGAGGAGAGGAUGAAUUCCAUGGAGGCCUCCAUAAUUGAGGCAAUAAGAAAAGAAGUUCGUGCGGCAAGGCUGCCUUCACAGGGUUGUGCUGCAAAUGUUUGCAGCGAUAAUUUGCAGCAAGCAGUGCGGGAAGCUCCCAUGAAGCCAUGUGAGGAUAAUUCCAUUCAGGAAGAGUCUACCACACUGUAUGAGGAUUUGGAUCUCGGCACUGCCCCAAUGGAUGGGGCACUGCCAGCUCAUUGCGAGUCGGCAAAGCCCAGCUGCGUCCUUGGGCCUCGUGAAGAGGUGGCAGGCAGCCAGGUAGCCAGCCAUGUGCCUUCCACCCAUGGGCCAGUCCCAGUACCUGCAGAGCUGGGUGUGGAAGCUCCACUCUUCACACCAGUUGGUGGAAAGGUACACAUUGGAAAUGGCCUGUUUAUUUGUGCCAAUAAGUGGACCUGGGUGAACCAAGCGAAAACGGACAGUACGUUUGCCAGGGAGGUUGCCCGGUGCCUGUGGCAGCCACAUGAAUUGGUGGGCAGGAGCGUGACCGGCAAAGUUUGCAUGAGCAAACUCAAGGAAGGUGGCGAAGCAAAGCCAGCGUUAACGCCAGAGAAACUUGGUGCAGUUCGAAAGUCAUACGAGCACUUUGUGGCAAACCACCCGAGCACUGUAGAUACGGAGGCCAGGAGGCUCAAAGACUUGAACAAGCAUCUGGCCACCAUGCUGCGUGAUGCCAAAUAAAGAUGGUUUGUGCUGCGUGCCCUAAAA